CAUUUUCUACUAAGGUAACUUUACUUUUACUCAAGUAUGACAAUAGAGUACUUUUUCCAUCACUGGUUAUUUACAUUUGAGACAUUUAGCAUACGGUCACACUGGUCACCCGUGGGAAUCGCACCCACAACCCUGGCGACUAAACCACACUGUGCUUCAUCAAAUAGCAAAACCAAAUUACUUGGUUUGAAGUUGAGAAUACGUUAAAAGUACAUGGUGCAAGUCAUCAAUGUCGUUCGAGAUUCUACAAUUGUGAAUAUCUCCACAGAUCCGCCACAACCUACAGUAGGCAUGCUGUCUUGAACAUGCACGCUUUGUAUGAUGAACAUUACAUAGGAAUAAAUGUAUAGUUACAGUAGCCUCAAAAUGUGGCCAUAGAUCUGUUACUUAUUUUAAUGUUGAAUAAAUACUGUUACAUUAGUUUGUAAGAUGGUUAUUUAUUGUAUUUCAAAAGUAAUAUUGAAUUGUGAUUAGUUGACAACGCUUCCAAAUUUCAACAUUUUAAAGGAUAUAUUUACUGCUUGGAUACUUCAAUCUAAGAAACUGGCUUAAUUCCAUUCUUUCACUUUCAUUUUUGGUUGAGUUGGAGACCUGAAGCCAACAUAUAAUUUAUGAACUUGUUUUGUCGACAAAUUAACAGGCUAUUUAUUGUAUUUCUAAAGUGAAAUUCAAAUGUGUUUGGUCGACAACAUCAAUUUAGGCAUCAGCCAUGUCACUUCCCCCAUUGGCUGGCGGUGCUAAUACCGAACGGGACCAACAUAUUGUGGGAUUAGCGUUGACUCAAAACGAAUGCAAGACAAGAAAACACACACAACUACUACUAUUAUAGUAUAGAAGUCGAAAUACCUGUAGCUAUGUUCCUACUUGGACAUAAUCAAAAACAUUGACACCACAGUGAUUCUCAUUCUAAGAGGAUGCUCUAAUAAAUAGAUAAUUGCGAUUAUCAGAUUUAUUUGAGUACUGGGAAUUUAUUUGUCGUGCAUAUAUGCUGAUAAAUUGAAUAUGAAACUAAAAUCGUCAAUUUAUUUCAAAGGUGUCUGUGGCAUCAGCUGUGAACGUUCCACACAGGUGUUCAAUGAGAGAUCGAGUUCUACUAAACUCACCAGGCCUACUCUCAUUUUAAUUAAUUCAAAACAACUACUGUAAUGAAAAUAAAAGACAAUAAACUGAAUAAUUACUGUCAAAGUAUUGUUUUUAUUCAAUUGUUGAAUUAGGCCUAUUGUAUUUAAUUUGACAUUUCAUGCCUAUUCAAGUGGUUUUAACAAACUUUUAUGAUGUGGAUGGCUGCUAUGUCAUAAUGUACAUGAUGUCAUAAUGAAGCAUUCUCUUGUUAAAAUAGACAUUUCAUAGACAGGUCAUUGAUGCUCUUCCAUAUCUGAGAAUAUACUGUUGAAACUGUAUAGUCAAAUCCUACGUGUGCAAAUUAUCUGGAAGUCCAAAUUGAAGCCAUGAAAGACAGAGGGAAGUCCAGGACUAGGACACAAAAGACCAGUCAGAACAGUUCUGAGAACAGCCUGACAGACAUCCUCAGUGUCCGGUGUGCCACUGAUAUUGUCCUACAGCCAAUGCCGCCAGGGAGAAAGAAUAGCCGAUCCCACUUCCACAACAUGGAUGUGACUAAAGAGAGGGCUGACAUGGGAAGGCUUCCAAUGGCCACUCCACCCAUCAAGCUCCCAAUGCUCACUGUGACCUCUCUCACUGUCCAAGGGAACAAAAACACCCUCAAGGUGCCUCGUCUGCAGCUGGAGGGACAGAUGGUUAGCAAGCGUCUGGGUCCGGUUAAAACCAAAACCGGAGGGAGCACAUUUACCUCCAGCCACGAGAAGGAGCCAGAUGUUAAAUCAAGCAGACCACAGACAUCAGGAAGCAUCCCUAGGUUCCCCAAAAUAUGCUCCACUGCAGCCAAGGCAGUAGCUUCUUUAUCUGGGACUCCAUGCAGGCAGUCUGAGAUCAGGAUCCAGGCCAAUCCUCUCCAGAGGUCUAACAUCCAGGACCAAAGGCCCCGCUCUCCUCCUGCUCAGGCCAGACGGUCUCUGUCCGACGGCAGCCUCUUGCAGCCGCCAUGUUCUCCUGUGGAUGUCCUCCAGCCGGAGGUCCAGGCCAGCAGAAGCCUGGCUCGACCCAAGACCGGGAUAGCUAGGAUAACAAGACAUACUGAUGGCAGCACUCUGAGGUUCCCUAACCAGACCUUAGAUCUUAUAAACUCCAUGGAUGGGAGGGAGAGCACCAAUUCCUUCCAUGUGCUGCCAACCAUUGCAGUGUCAGCCUCCCGUGCCCAGAUGGCCAUCCCAUUGCCUACCCCAAUGGUCAGCAAUGUGCCUGACCUUCUGGUGCCUACUCCGUCUGCUUCUCCGGUUCCUUCCAGCCAAGUGCCUGCCCCACCUGCCUCCGCAGUGCCAGCCCGGCCUGCCAACUCCAGAUCACGGCGUGUGUCAAAGAGGAUCCAGCUCUUACAGAUCCAGUCUGCUAUGCUGGACCAGCAGCUACCGGAACAACUGGGUGACAAACAAAUCAUAUUACCCUCUGAGCCCCUGUCCUUCAGUAGCACUGAGAGGUUGUUCCUCUGUGGUCCAACUUUAGUCUGUGGAGAUGAUGGCUGUCACCCCCUGACCAGACCUACGCCCAGCCACACAGGUCGCACUGACCACUCCCCUUUACUGACCAAUAGGAGAGCCAUGCAGGCGGGUGAGAAGUGCCCCUUUGAUACCCUCUUGACCCCCUUGGUCCCACUGGCAGAACAGCCUCCUAUCAAGCGGGGGCACAUGCCCGCCUCCCGUGCCAAGGCAGAGCGGGAGAAUAGCCAACAAGGGAGCAGGAAGAGAGUGAAGCCCAUUCACUGGGACGUUAACUUUAAGUCUGGUCCUUUCUUCCCAGUGUGUGUCUCUCCAUCACUGCCCUCGAUCUUGGAGGUGGAUGAAGAGUCUCUUUCUGAAGAGAUGGAGCAAAGCCAGUUGUAAGGGGUCGCACACACACACACCUUCAUUUAAUUUUUUACCUUUAUUUAAAUUGUGAAGUUAGUUAAGAACACAUUUUUAUUUACAAUGACGACCUACCCCGGCCAAACCCUAACCUGGACGACACUGGGCCAAUUGUGAGCCGCCCUAUGGGACUAUUGCCUUAUACCGCUGCUCCAAUCGGGAGCCCUAUUGAGACCUCAUGGCCUCCCAUGGACCAGAGAGGAUCAACCAGCAUCAUCCCAGCAUCUGCCCUGCCUGCCAUCCUAGUACCUCCACUGCCCUUUCAACCCCAAACAACAAAGGGCAGGUGACAGAAAUGAUCCAGCGCCCACCGAUCCAGGCUGUUGUGCAUGAGCAGCAGCAGCUACUGUCGGAAGUACUGUUGGAACAGACUUUACCUAUGAGACCCAACAGGAGUCACAAGCUGUCAAAGUACUUUCAUCCCUGGGGUGUGGAGCUUCCCGAACAGUGUUCUCUUCCUGAAAAUGGACUGCUUCAACCCCUUAGGAGUAUCCAGAGUAUCUAGUAUGCUGGUGUGAUGAUAGAAUAUGUCCCUCAGUAUCAACUAGAGAUUAAUAUUAAUUCACUUGUUAUUCUAGUUAGGCAAAUGUUAAUUUAUCAUCACCAUGUUCCAAAGAAUUCUGUUUCUAUAAAGUUUUAUUGCAGUUGAAAAUAAUCUGUGGUGUGUGUUGUUGGUUUCUUGUGAGCUAUGAAGUAUACCCUUUAAGUAGAAUGUUUAUUUCUUCAUUGGAUUUGUUGAUU